ACAACAAUUGUUAAUAUGGACCUUAGUGGUAUAGACAAUAAGGUGUAUAACAUAAGAGCUCGUAGUAUCAAGGAGUUAAACUUGCCUUUGCAAAAAUUAGAUUUUGUUAAAUGUAAUAAUUAUAGCCACUUAAGCGAUAUAAAGAAUGAUUUAUGUACCGUUGAUUUAAAACCUGAAAUGUUAAUUGGACAGGAUAAUUAUCAUUUGCUAUUGCCCUUAGAAGUAAGGUUGGGUAAAUUAAAUGAGCCGUCCGCUACACUUACCCCUCUAGGCUGGUGCAUCCACGGUAGUUUACGUGUGCCGCAGCACGAGCGCAAAUCGACAAUCGCCACUGCUCUCACUGUAUUUGAGAAUCCAGAGGAUUCUAUGUCGUACGAAGUCGGUUUGCAGCAUCUUCAUGAGGAAGUCAGACGUUCCUUUGCCUUAGAUUCACUAGGAAUUUUAGCCACUAUGCCGCGUCAAAAUGCUGAUGACGUACGCGCUAUCGCUGAGCUGGAACGUACUGCCUUUCUCAAGGACGGUCGUUGGUAUGUUUCUCUACCGUGGAAAGAUAAGGAGUGUAAGAUGCCAGACUCUUACGCUGCCGCUGUAAGAAGGCUCCGAGGUAUUGAAAAUAAAAUGGAGAAGGAUUUAGGUUUUGCUUACAGGUACAGAGAACGUAUUCAACAUCUACUGGAAAAUGGAUUUGCUAGAGUACUUGAGGACUCCGCGCCCACUCCCCGGACAUGGUAUUUACCUCACUUCGGAGUGGACAAUCCGAAUAAAAAGAAACUACGUCUGGUAUUUGAUGCUGCGGCGAAGGUGAAAGGUUCGUGUCUUAAUGAUUACUUAUUCACGGGCCCCGAUUUGUUGUCAUCUCUAUUUGGUAUAAUGUUACGUUUUAGAGAGAAUAAAGUAGCAGUAACAGGUGACAUCAAAGAUAUGUUCUUACGCAUAAAAAUUCAUGACGAAGACCAAGACGCAUUUAGAUUUAUUUGGCGAAAUAGUCCUAAAGAAAAUAUUAAGACGUAUGUAAUGACGUCACUAAUUUUUGGAGCUAAUUGUUCCCCUUUUAGCUCAGUUUAUAAAGAACAAAAUGCACAGCGCUAUGUGUCAACCUUACCGGCCGCUGUUAAAGCAAUAACGAAUUCACACUAUAUGGAUGACUAUAUAGAUAGUUUGCCUGAUGACGAGUCAGCAAUAAAAAUGGUAAAAAAUAUAACUAAUAUCCACUUAUCAGGUGGUUUUGAGAUUCGUAACUGGACUAGUAAUAGCGAAGCUGUGUUGAACUCUAUACCUGAAGCAUCCUUAGGCACUGCAGCCAUAAAGUUUAAAACUCAUCAGCAGUUCGAAGGAGAGCGUAUUUUGGGCCUGAUAUGGUAUCCCAAAGAUGACGUAUGGGGUUUUGAUGUGUCUUUGAAACGGAUACCCGAAAGCAUUAUUCAUAGUAACGAGCGCCCUACGAAACGGUUGAUGUUAAGAGUAGUAAUGUCUAUUUUUGAUGUUUUAGGUUUCCUAUCGCCAUUUACUAUACAAGGAAAAAUUAUGCUACAGGAUACGUGGCGUCUUAAUAUUGGAUGGGACGAAUAUAUAUCAGAUGAUAUUUACGGUAAAUGGUGCAAAUGGAUUAAUUUACUUAAGUCUAUUCGUGACUUACGCAUACCGAGGUACUAUCAAGCACCAUUAACAAUAAGGCGAGAUAGCCAGCCGGCCACGAAUCUAACAUCUUGCGAUUCGCCAGUAUUCAUCGGACUCACUAUGCCGCCGACACCUCCGCUCGCUACGACCGGUGAAGGGAACUCCGUGACAGAGUCCGCAGAUGUUAUGUCAAUGAAUAUCGGCUAUGACAACCUACAAUUGCAUGUGUUUAGCGACGCAUCGAGUAAAGCAAUGUGUGCGGUUGCAUUUUGGCGCUGGAACAUUAAUGAAAAAAAUUAUGUCUCAUUUAUAGCAAGUAAGUGUAGAGUCUUACCUGUUAGACCUAUAACUAUCCCGAAAGCUGAACUUGAAGCAGCUCGCCUGGCAGCUAGAUUGGCGAAUAAUAUAAUAAGUGAGCAUAGAUUAACUCCAACCGUUAGAUAUUUUUGGUGUGAUUCAACCACAGUUCUCCAUUGGAUUCGAAACAAUACACGGAAGUAUAAAACAUUUGAAGCUAAUCGCCUAGGCGAGAUAGAUAACUUGACCCGUAUACAUGAAUGGAAAUAUGUUCCUACGAAGUUAAACGUUGCUGACUUAGGCACCCGAGAGUCUUUUGAUUGCUCUGUCUUUGAAAGCGAGUGGUUUACGGGACCAGCUUUUUUAUACAAUGACAUGUCUCAGUGGCCUCAGGAUCUACUCAAUUAUGAAUUGGUUGAAGAUAAUCUGGAACACGUAGCGGUUACACAUAUGGAAUCGGAAUCAUCAGUAACGUUAUAUCACUUACCUGUACCUGAUCCUCUACGGUUUUCUUCCUGGCUACGUUUGAAGAGAUCUGCGGCUGCACUGCUAAGAUUUGUCGAUAAAUGCAAAAGACUUCCCGGAGAAUUAGACUGCAAGAUGAUGGAUCGAGCAGAAUGCUUACUGUUGAAGAGUGCUCAAGCAAAAUCAUUCCCUAUUGAGAUAACCGCUUUGACACGAGGUAAACCUGUACCUAAAAAUAGUAAAUUACUUACCUUGUCACCCUUUAUGGAUGAUCACGGCGUAAUGAGGGUUAAUGGGCGGAUCAACUCUGCUCUCGGCGCGGACCAAGAAACGAAAAAUCCUGUAAUAUUAGGACGGACACCCUGUGGCAAAAUUAAUUGUUCGGCAUUUCCACGUAAUGGCCGCUCACGGAAACCAAGAAUCCGUGGUGAAUGA